AUGGAGCAUAAAUCAAGCGAUAAUUCCAUACAAGGUCCUGGUUUACAACGUCGUCGUGGUGCUAUAAAGCAUGCUCGAGUACAUGAAAUUCGUGGACAUCAAUUUGUUGCAACAUUUUUUCGACAACCAACAUUUUGUUCUCUUUGUUCCGAUUUUAUGUGGGGCCUUAAUAAACAAGGAUAUCAAUGUCAAUUGUGUAGUGCAGCUGUUCAUAAGAAAUGUCAUGAAAAAAUGAUUAGCCAUUGUCCUGGUUCAGCUGAAAGGACGAAAGAUACAAUUUAUUUAAAAGAACGUUUUAAAAUCGAUAUACCACAUCGUUUUAAAAUGUACAAUUUUAAAAGUCCAACAUUUUGUGAUCAUUGUGGCUCAUUACUUUAUGGUCUUUUUAAGCAAGGAUUAAAAUGUGAAGUGUGUGGCGUUGUAUGCCAUCAUAAAUGUCAACGAUAUAUGCCAAAUUUGUGCGGUGUUAAUCAAAAGCAACUUUCUCAAGCAUUAUUUGAAAUUAAACGUGGAUCACAUGGUCAAACAAGGUAA